CGGCUGUUUCCUUCCUUUAGAGUUUAGGGGCUCCUGUCUGGGAGGCCCGGACUUUGCUGCGGGCUCAGCGUUGAGGCUCGCCGGGUAGGCGCGAAGGCGGCAGCUGUAGCCCCCAUUCCAGCACCCAGGUCUGUGAGGAGCAGACACAGUGGAGUCCUGCCCACCCCCACCCGCGGCCUCGAAGUUGGGGCGUAUAGGGACGUUUUAAAAAAGCAGCAGCAGCGCAGAGAGAGUCCAUGUUUGCCUCGGUGACAGUUCCCUGGCGCGAUUUCCCCUCCGCCCAGGCCCGCUUCUUCCUUCUGCGCGGCGACCCAGCCACCUUAACCCCAGAGCCGCCCCGCUGGCGCGCGAGGCGGAGCCGCAGGGGUUAAGUGUGGGCGCGCCGCAGGGGUGGGGACUCCGCGGCCGGACUUCCGCGCGGCCGGCGGGCGCGGGGACGGGGUUUGCGGACAGCGCUCUCCCGCCGCGAGGGCGAGGGGCCCGGCGCCGGGGGCCGCUCAGAGGGAGAGGAAGACGAAAAGCCCCGGGCUGGCCGCGGCGCCGCCCGCCCGCCUCCCAGGAUGAAAAGAAAUGCUGAGAAAUAAAUAAGGCUUUUCUCUUCUGACUUGGAUAUUUAUAAUGGGUAUCGGGAAGUCUAAAACAGAUCCCUGCCCUCUUUCUCUCUCGUGGGGUAAAAGCCACAGUAUGGAUACAAGUCAAAGACAUCAUGAGUCAGAUUCCAAGAAAUCUGAAGAAAUCUCCCUGCGUGGUGCUGCUGAGCAUAGAAAUGCAACAGAGAUGCCAACAGGAAAGCAGGAGAAAGCUGAAGGAGUGGAAGAAAUGCCUGAAGAGGAAGCAGAAGAAGAAGUGUUCCUCAAAUUUGUGAUAUUACAUGCAGAAGAUGACACGGACGAAGCCCUCCGAGUCCAGAGUCUGCUAGAAAAUGACUUCGGCAUCAAACCUGGAAUAAUCUUUGCUGAGAUGCCAUGUGGCAGACAGCAUUUACAGAAUCUAGAUGAUGCUGUAAAUGGGUCUGCAUGGACAAUCUUAUUAUUGACUGAAAACUUUUUAAGAGAUACCUGGUGUAAGUUCCAGUUCUAUACGUCCCUAAUGAACUCUGUUAACAGACAGCACAAAUACAACUCUGUUAUACCCAUGCGGCCCCUGAACAAUCCCCUGCCUCGAGAAAGGACUCCCUUUGCUCUGCGAACCAUCAAUGCCCUAGAGGAGGACAGUCGUGGCUUUCCUACACAAGUAGAAAGAAUUUUUCAGGAGUCCGUGUAUAAGAUACAACAAACUAUAUGGAAAGAAACAAGAAAUAUGGCACAAAGGCAAUUUACUGCCUGAGAUGGAGUACUCAACACAUGGCUGGCUCUUGUUUUAUAAAACAAAUACUUGAUCUUCAUUUAAGAAAGCAAUUUCUAGGAAAAGUAUAAAUAAAAGAGAACCUUACUCUUAUAGAAACCUAUGGAGCACAAGAAAGAUAAAUUUCUGCAGGACAAUCUAUAAAAUUAUGGUACUUUCUGAUGUUUUGAUAAACUCGAGAUUGGCAGAGUUUGAUGAACCUUCCUCUCACAGUUUUCCUAGUUCAUGAAUAUGACAAAGGAUAUUCUCAAUUCAUAGUCCUUGUAGUGAACCUUGAACAAAAACAUUUGUGAUAGACAUUUUAAAAAUACGAGAACACUUUCAUUCUCUGAAUUUUGUUCUCAAAGCACACGCAGAAGAAAAUGGCCCCAAGAGAUCUGACCACCCUCCCUCUUGAAGCACCUCUCGUGAAUGUUGCAAUAAAGCAGUCCUGGUAUUGUCACCCAGAAAUAUGGAUAGCCAGAAUAGAACAUUUAGAAUGUUGAGUGCUGAUAAAUAUGAAAUUAGAAAUAGAUAUGAGAUUGAUGAGGCUUUUUAAAAGAAUCCAGUCAAUUGUGUUUUCCUCUCUGCUGGAGUUUGCAUAUUUAGAGGCAAUUCCCACCACUGAUUAGCAGCCCUUUUGAUGGUGUGAUGUUACGGACUCCAUGGAGUGGUGCUGAGAUGUCCCCUGGAGCCUAAAGCUCUCCGAGUUAGUCGUCGUCUGUAACCAGGGCUUUAUUUGCAGAGCUUCUGAGAGGAUUAUGUGUCCUUGGCCAGAUGUUCUCCUUUAAAAUGAAUAACUUCUUUUAUGGCAGCCUUUAAAAAUUCCUCUCAUACACAGUGCUCUGUCCAGGAAGUAUUUCUCUGCUAAGCCAUCAGAGUAGCCUGACUGUGUGUGUGUGUGUUUUGUAGAUUAUUUUUAGACUUGGGGUAGAAGAUGUGUUUUAUGACCUUCUCUUCUAGUAUCCCACAGUCACAGCAAGCCAGUGAAGCCUCAAAUAGACCUCUUCCUUUCCCUCACAGCCCUUCUGCUGCAGCUGAAAUGAGGGAGAACUAUCAGUACAGACCCAGGAUGGGGUAGAGUGUGAAUCACAUCAUGUUGUAAUGAGAAGAGCACCUGAUGGGGGGUCAGGAGACCUGGUUCUAGUUCAAUCUCUGCCACUGAGGAUGAAUAUGACCGUGGGCAAGCUACUCACCCUCCUUUAUCUGUGAGAUGAAAGGAUUGGAUUGAUGGAUCUCUAAAGGCCUUUGUCCUCUCCCAGAAUGUGAACAACUAGGAACCAGAAAAGUGAACAAGCAAAAAAAUAGAAUUUUACAAUGUGAUGUAUAGUCCAAUAGUUGCAGGACGCUUUAUAUAUGCUUAUAAUGAAAGGAUAUUCUUACAUGUUUACAGCAUAAUUGAUGUCCGUUACACUUUUAUAGUCACAAAAAAGAAUUAUAAUAAUUCUUACUCAGAUUCUUUUAGAAUACAUUUUUUAUAGGGACCCUUGAGCAAAGACAUUCUGCCUAAUUUUUCUUUCUCCUUAUCCACACUUCUCUGUAUCCCCAACUAGUACUGAGGUCUGCUCACCUCUUUCUGCAGUCCACCUCUUCAUAGCCAUGAACCAAAAUGUUCCAUGAGGAACAUUCUCCCAUAAUCCUACUCUACCAGUACUUAUAAAAGGAGGAGAUUGUUGUCAUUGCGUUGUGACAUGUUUUUAACCUAAAGUCCCUUUCUAUCAUAGUAGCUUACUAUUCACUUUUUCAGUUUAAAUAAUAGGUAUUCCCUUUUUUUUUUUUUUUUUGCCAUACUGCUUCCUGUAUCUCAAAUUUCAUAUACUAAUAAAACAUUAGCCACCCACCCUUCAUGCCAGCCAAACCUGGAGCAAUUGAUGCUGAAUGGUAUUUUUUAAAUAAAUGUUUUUAUUCUUUA